CUGCGUUGUAACAUCUGGCGGUGUCGACCCGUUCGCUGUCGACGAGGCGGCGUGAGAUUGGGAAUUGACGGAUGCUGCCCACGUCGUGCGUGACCGAAGCUUCGGACGUUACUGAGCUAUACCGCGAUCUUGAGCGCAAUGAAGCGAUGGACGAUGAAGCUGAAGUCGUCGACGCCACGAGCGACGAGGACGACCUUGGAGCGUGGACAAUGUACAACCUACUCUGGCGCGGCCAUGUCAACGUCGUCAAGACGCGGCUCGAGUCUGGGACGUUCACGGAAGUGGACUUUCUGACAGCGGAAGAGUGCUAUUUUGCCAUGCCGACCCUCGGCAACAAUGAGCCCUUUACAUUUCUGGACACGGCCGCGUUCAUGGGCCACGAUGACAUUGUCGGCCUCGCACUGGCACAUACCGACUUUCGUCGUCUCAACAAGUAUGCGUCCAAGCCUCUUCUCUUGGGGGUCGUGGAAAAGCACAAGCGCGUCGUCCAGAUCCUGCUUUCGUCGAUCGCUGACGAAGUGGACCUCGGCGCUCUACGCGACGCUCGUGGGAGCCCCAUCGUACAUUAUGUUGCUGAACACGAGGCCAACGAGAUUCUUGCGAUGCUCUUGGCCCACGGCGCGCCGGUCGAUGCCACGACAGAGGGCGACGACGGCGAAACUGCGCUUCACAUCGCGGCUCGUCAAGGCAAUGCGCGCGGGGUCGAGCUACUGCUGCAAGCUGGCGCCAACGCCGACGCUCGGUCCAAGUCGGGCAAGACCCCGCUGGACCUUGCUGUUGAGGCGUCAAACGACAAGGACACAGCCAAGCAGGUGCUUGAGUUGCUCUUUCUGGCUGGCACCGAGGUCAACGUGCCAGACGAGGCAAUGACGCCACGAGAUGGCGUUCGCGGUAUGCUGGCGGUCGAAUCAGCGUUUCGAACGAGCUUUCCGCUACACUGCAUUGCACGCAACGGCGAUGACACCGAGUUUGCAAGCUGGGUGCGUGACCAGUACGCAGCAUCCCUGCCCUCGCCGCAGCAGUGGCAAGGCGAGUUCCGGAACGACGCAGACGACGAAGGGGAGCAGCCCUUUCAAUGGAACGUUCAACUUGUGCCCGUGCCACACGAAGCGUGCUAUCGCUUCGUGGGCAAUGGUGUUGAUGCCGAUGGUCGACCGUUUGUCCUUGGCGGCCACUGGAGCGACGAAGGAUUUUCUGCGGAAAAGAGGUAUGAGUGCCGCCCGCCGGCUUACUUCCACGGCCACAUGGACGCCAGCACGGGUGUUGUUUGCGGUUCGUGGACUUGCCUUCUAUCGUGGGUCGGCUUGAUGAAGGGCCGCUAUACGUUCAAGCUCGACGUGCCGUGGCAGCUCUGUCCUGCAUGCAACAGUGCGAUGAUGCCUCAAGCUACCACCAGCUGCGUCGGAUGCCUCCCCGAAGGGUACAACUCGGACGUGUCCGAAGCCACAGCUGAGGACGAGCUCACUGGCCUCGAAGAGAUUCAAGAGAGUAUCGCGAGUGAAAUGACGCGUCCAGACGAGUAUGGUCGCACCGCUCUCAUGUACGCAGCGAGAGAAGGCCACGCUUCGAUCCUCCGCGCGCUCUUGUUUUACUGCGACGAAGACGCGUGCAGCCUCACCGACAAGGAUGGCAAGACGGCACUGGACUAUGCGCUGCGUCGCAGGCUCGUAUGCGCAUCGAACGUCGAGUGCAAGAGCAACCACGGUACGCUAGCGUGCAUUGCACUGCUGGAGCGCGCCGACACGGCCGACAUGGAGCCGUCCCGAAUCCCAGGCACGCUCGUGCACACGCGCCGCGGCGGCCAGUGCAAUGGCGACUGCGUCGAGUCGCUGGAUGAGAUCAACUUGUCGGUGCUGGCCGGGCGAAACGAGUGGGGCCGCAUUUCCGAGCUUCUCGCAACACCACUGUCCUUCGAGACGCUGCACAAACCGAACGACCGUGGCGUCUCUCUGUGGUAUCACGCCCUCGCCAACGGCAAGUCGGAUCUCGUGGCGCUGCUCGUCAAGCAACCCCACAUUGACGUGCAUGAGCCGUUCCCGAACGGACAGUAUCCUCUGUGCCUCGCGGCGGACUGGUGCCGCAUCGAGUGCGUGCGCGUCCUCCUCGAUGCCGGGGCUCACCCUCUACGACUCAUCUCGCCCAAACACGCCGACUACGCAGAGUUUCGCAAGACGCCGCUCGCAAUCAUCCGAGACUCAGAUGCGUUUCACCUGAUCCACGCCAAGACCGACCUCCUGGAGCAGUAUCCGCUCUACUACCUCGCGCGUGUUCAGAACUGCGCGCAAGCAGCUGCUUACGUCCAGGCACAGCAGUCGCCUAUGCAUGUCGCCAUCUCGACGCAACUACCCAUCUCGGUGCUGUCUGAGAUCAUCGACGAAAGUCCCCACGAUGUCAAUGCUCAAGACAAGAAUCAAGAGACACCGUUGAUGGUUGCUUCAAAGAUGGGCCUCGUCGACCAUGUCGACGUGCUUGUCAACAACGAAGCCGGCGUCGACCUCACCAACAACCAUGGCCAAAGCGCGCUCAUGAUGGCAGCAAUGGGUGGCCACGUCGCCAUCGUCGAUCAUCUCCUCGAGAAUAUGGCCGACAUUGGCCUCCGUGACGCUGACAACAAGUCCGUGUUCGAUAUGCUCCAGUCGCACAUCACGACGUACCUCGCGGGUCGUUCGUCCCACGAGCGCGUCAAGAGCCCGUAUGUGCAGAUCCAGGAAGCAAUUGAGAAGGAGGUUCGCGACAGCAAGACGUCGAUGCAGUACCGCGCCAAGCUCGCGGCGUCGCUCGCCGACUUGACGGCCAAGACGGCGUUUGACCGCAACGGUUUUGCCAAGGCCAUCAACUGCGCGCCCGAGCUCGGUGUCACGUUUCUCAACGACUGCGUCACCAUGGACCGCCACGACGUUCAUUUCACCAAACUCGACCUUGUCUACGGCAAGCACGUCACGGGCAGUGCACUCCACGCGCUGCUCAACAUGGAGACGGACGACCCAGAUCUUAUUUUCGAAGCCAAGUCCAAGUGCUUUGAGCACGUGACGAUCCGCCGCAUCCUCGAGAUCAAGUGGGAGCUGUUUGGCCAGCGCAAGUUCCUCGAGAUGCUCUUCAUGUACCUCGUCCUGCUCGUGAGCAUGACCGUCUCGGCGGUGCUCUUCCACGAGGAUGACACGCGCCUUCACGCAACGAGCGUCGAGGUGCUUCUCGGUGCUCUUGUCGUCUCUUUGGCCGUUGUUGGCUGUGUUGCGGUGCAGGCGCUGCGCCCGCAGACGCUCUGGCGCCUCUCUCGGUACCACUAUGAUGGUAGUCUCGAAUUUGAUCCAGAGCUCGACAUCCCGGACCUCGGGCGCCACAAGGCGGCGGCCAAGCGCUGGCUCAAGCUCGGUGUCUUGAUUGGGACGCUGCUUCUCACUGGUCUCCUUGUCGGUCUCAUGGUGGUGACGUCAUCCAUCUCAUUCUUUCCAGUCGUCAACAACGUGGUAUUGGCGGUCGCAGCUAUCUACUUUGUUCUCAACGAGUACCACGAGGCCCACGGCGACCUCCACACGUACCUCGCGUCGACCAUCAACGUCAUCCAAGUGAGCAUGUACAUGCUGAUUCUGGUCGUCUUCUUGCCCAUGCAGCUCAACUGGUUCGACACGCCCGACCAGAUUGAGAUUGCAGUCGGGAGUGGCAUCACACUCACGCUCUGGAUUCUGAGUCUCCAGUUUCUCGAGGUUGAGGCGAGCGCGAGCUACCUCCUGCCGAUGCUCUCGGGACUGCUCAAGGACCUAUGGAACUUCUUCCUUUUCUUUGGCGUCUUCCAGAUCGGAAUCACAGUCACCUUCUUCCAGCUCUACAAGGCGACGGACAGCGACGACUUCAACUCGCUCAGCGGGUCGUUCUUGACGUCGUACUUUGUCGCGUUUGGCCAAGUGCCCACCGGUGCAAUGGGCGCCUUCACCAAUGACGACACCAAGUCGAUCGACGGCUACGACUGGAUCUUGUACGUCUUUGCGGUCGUCAUGAUCAUGGCGCACUCGGCGGUCGUCGUUCUCUUCCUUCUCAACUUGCUUGUCGCCAACAUGAACAAGACGGUGGACGGCGGUCUCGAGAAGGCCAAGACCGAGGCACUCGCAGCGUACGCGCAGUGCAUUCUGCGACUCGAAGAGGCCAUGAACUCCUCACCACAGGAGACGCAAGACCUCAUCUACUUUAUCCCGCCGACACCAACCUGCGAUGGGAAGCUCAACCCGAUCUUUACUGCGUCCAUGCCCAAGUCGUACUACAGCAUCACGCCUGAGGUCGAAGCUGCCAUUGCUACGCACGAAGCGCAACAGACGUCGUGGAUGGUGGUGACCAAGACGAUCCAAGGCCAGGUGACGUCGGCGUUGACUGCAUUUGAAGACGGGCUCCGCGACGUGGCGCAUUUUACCGACGUGGACAUUUCGGUUGUCUUUGCCAAGGAGCUGGCAGCCAUUGAAGCUACUCGGUCGUCGCUGGACACCGUGUUUGUCUCGAUGCACAAGAGCCGCGGGCAGCAAGACCAGAGGAAGCUGCUUGGUCGUUUCCAGAAGACGGUGGUGCGCGAGCUCACCGUCCUUAAACGACAACUCGAUCAGGUCGGCGCCGUCGCGACCGUCGACACCGUCGCGAACGACGAGCACGCGCGCUGCGUCAUCUUGUACAAGCUUACGCGACGUUCGUCGAUAGCGAGCGAUUUUGAGGUGCUCCAGGCGCAUACAAGCGCUGUCUUUGACGACGCCGUGGCGAACGUUGCUGCUGUGGACGCUGACGCUGAUGGCAAGGACUCGUCGAGUGCGCUCCUCACCGAGAUGCAAGAGUUGAUGGAGGCGCAGACCGCCUCAGCAAAGGCCGCGAUGGCAGCCAUGGAAGCGAAGAACGCCAAGACCAUCCAAGAUCUCAACGCCGAGCACGCAAAGAUCAAGGACGAACACGCUGCGCUCAUCGACGCCAUGAAAUUGGAGAACGCCGAGGCCAUCGCGGUGAUGCAGAGCCAGCUUCAAACGCUCUUGAGCGCUGUCCAGACGCUCGUGCCGGCAGCUUCGGACACGUAGGACGACUGAUGCGCCUCCUUUGGUUGCCAUUGUACGACGCACAAUGUGUUUGCAUUUUGAAUUUUAUACGUUUCCACAAUUGUUUACUCUGUAAUAUUCG